AUGGCCAUUGAGGCCCUCCCGGACGAAGAGAUCUUUCUGCGGGACCAAAGUCGCCAACUAUACCAUGCUUGGACAAAGUUCUGCGACCGGUUGCCGGAAGGGCAGCGAGAUGAGAUGUCAAAGGGGACGCCAAGUCUCAAGUUUUUACAUGAAUCGGUCGCCAAAGCGUCGCAGACGUGGACCGAGAAGCGUGGGGGUACGCGAAUCGGCCGAGUCAAGGGGGUCUUUACCCGUUUAUGUGACAACUUCACUUCCCACAGCAACCUGGUGUCGGUUUUGCCGGUCGAUGAUAAAUACGUCACCCUUCUCACCGGAUCACUUUCCGCCAUUGCUCAGGCUUCCAUCAAUCACCAGGAACUAGCUGAUGGUGUUGCGGAGAGUUUAGACGAACUCAGUCAAGAUAUGGUGUAUUGGAACAGGCUCAUCAGUGAAUACUCAGACACUGCUAUACUGCAACGCUACAUUAUGGAGCUAUAUGUGGUUGUCUUCGAGUUUCUGACGGAGAUAUUCACACAAUGGUCCAGAUCAUCCUGGAAGAGGUUCAUCAAGAGCUUUGACGAAAACGCCUUUCAGAAUAUAUUCAGCGAGAAACGCAACCGUAUCAAGGCCAUCGAGCAGAGAAUGAAGAAGCAUGCCGAACUCGAAUUCCAGAGAAGCACGAGGGAGCAGUUACGUAUCACCAAUGCCCUCCAAGAAGAGAUAAAGCAACGGCAAACUCAUAUGGAGCUCCGCUUUCAGGCCAUGAUGCAGGACCAGCCCUCUCAGCAGCAACUGAUAAUGAAGCUCGGCACCGAUCUUUACCGUCUUCUUCUGAGCCAGGGCGUGGCCAUACCUCCUCAUGAGAUCCUCCAUGAGCGGCCUCAACUAACUUCUUCUGUGGCGACUCUAUGCUUACCAGCACCUGUCGCACCAGAGUGGAAAGAAGCGAGCAUGAAUUCCAGUAGCCCGAAGCCAAACGAGGAGCGCGGAAACGUUGCCCCUAGUUACAAAGAGGACAGAGGAGGUUUCGACCGACAAAUUACCCUAGCCCUUCUCGCCCCUAUUACAGCCAAAUACAACCAAGACAUCCAGAACAUCGUCGCCAUCACCUCGAGGGCCUCAAACAUCACCAUCGACCACCACGUCAAGCGACGUAUCGACGCCUGGACUACAAGUCAACAGUCCGACAGCAUCUGGCUCCAGGGUCCGCACGAGAUCUCGCAUCCCAGCCAGAACACGCUGACGGCCGUAUGCCUCGUCGCGCUGUCCAACAACAGUGAUAUACCAUGCCUAUCCUACUUCUGCUCCCUCGAAGUCCACGCUUCGGGUCACCCACGGAUCCCUUCGUGUCGGGAUAUGCUACUGGACUUGGUGAAGUCGUUCAUCGUGCAGCUCCUGCUGCUCCUGCCUGAGCAAGUCGGCGACACGACCAGCCUAUCUCCAGAGCGCUUCGCGAAGCUGGUAGACCCUGGGGUGGAGUUGGACGACGCGCUAUCGCUACUCCACGACCUGCGAGCCCACGCACCGCCCUACCUGCACUGCGUCAUCGAGGCGGCCCAGGAGGUGGAGGAUCGAAGCGAUUCCAAGCACACACGAAACCUAUUACGAGUCCUCCGCGAGCUAGUGGAAUCCCCCAGGUUAGGCAACGUGCCGGGAGCUCGGGAUCAGGGCCGGCAGCAGGCGGAAAAGGUGAUCAAAGUGUGUCUCACUACUGACGGCUACGUCGACGCCCUAGCGGAGCUGGCGCAGAAAGGUGCUGUCGAAAAGGUGCAAAUACAUGAGGAGACGCACGUCGACGGAACUGGGGACGGCAGCAGCCUCAUGCCACACUGA